ACAAUCACUUUCAUUUCAUUACUUUCUUGAAUAAAAGAUUUUUUAUUCUUUAUAAUUUAUAACUAGCUUUGUUACGUAUUUUGCAGUUUCUAUCAUUUUAUUUUAUGGUAAAGCUUUCUUUAAUGACAUUCUAAAUAAAGGGUUGGCUGGCUAAGCUUUUACGAUGUCUGACCGACGUGCAACCACUAUUCCAAAUCGAUGGCUUUACUGUCCCCGUACAUCCAAGAAUAUUAUUGCAAAUCAGUUCCUGGCAUUCAAGACACCUCUUGGUUCUCAAUUCAAUAAUGUAGUUCCUGAAUACAAUCGAUUUACAGUACCUAUGGUUUUUGAAUGCGUAAAAACCUUAAAAAGAAAGAUAAGUUUAUGGAUUGAUCUAACAAAUACGUCCAGAUUUUAUGAAAAAAAAGACGUCGAAAAACAUGGUUGUCAAUAUAAGAAAAUAAAGCUUCGUGGGCAUAAGGAGACUCCUUCUGAAGAUCAAACACAACUGUUUAUAGAUAUUGUAAGAGCAAACAUAAACGCAAAUCCAGAUAAUUUAAUUGGUGUGCAUUGCACUCAUGGCUUCAACAGAACGGGUUUUCUAAUAAUUGCAUAUCUAGUGCUUGAAAACAAUUGUGGUCUUCUUGCAGCUAUUCAGGAAUUUUCAAGGAAUAGGCCUCCCGGUAUAUAUAAGCAGGAUUAUCUUGAAGAACUGUUCAGACGUUAUGACGAAAUAGAAGAUGUUAUAACAGCCCCACCUAGACCAGACUGGUGUAUGGAUGAAGAUGGUGAAGAUGACGUCGUUGAGGAGGAAGCUGUGGAUAAUGAUAAUGGACAUAGACCAAAACAAACUCAUAUUAAAUAUAUGAAAAAAGAAUUCAUACCGAAAGUGAAUGGUGUAACAUUCGUCGAAGAACCGGAUGUAGUUCAACUUGUCCAGUCUAAGGUGAAAACAUUUUGCAAGUGGAACAAUUAUGACUUUCCAGGGUUACAGCCCGUUUCUAUGGACGUGGAAAAUAUUAAGCUCCUCUCCCAAAUACCAUACAGGGUCUCCUGGAAGGCUGAUGGCGUUAGAUAUAUGAUGUUAAUCGAUGGUGAUGACAAGGUGUACUUAUUAGACAGAGACAACUGCGUAUUUAAAGCUAACAAUCUACAUUUCUUUCAUAGAAAAACAAAUGAACCACUUAAGGACACAUUACUUGACGGUGAAAUGGUCGUUGAUAAUGAGAAAGGCGUAACAAAAGUUCGUUAUCUUUGCUACGAUAUCAUACGUUUCGAUAACAUAAAUGUGGGCAAGGCGAACUUCUACCCAACUAGGGAGCAGUGUAUCGAUUGCGAAAUCGUUAAACCGAGGGAUAGAGCAAUCGAAAGCGGUCGUAUAGAUAAGGACAAUGAGCCGUUUCGUGUUGGACUCAAACAUUUCUGGGACGUUACGAUGGCAAAGGACUUGCUGGGGGAGAAGUUUGCCAAGACCCUCAAACAUGAACCAGAUGGAUUGAUAUUUCAACCUUCCGAAAAGCCGUAUGCCUUCGGCGCCUGCCAGAAUGUUCUAAAGUGGAAGCCGAGUGAAAUGAACAGUAUAGAUUUCAAAUUACGGGUCGUAAAAGAGGAUCGAGUUGGAAUGAUAUCAAAAUGGAAAGGUGAACUUUUGGUCGGACAUGAUGUGAUCUACGCUGAAAUUAAAGUAAGCUCUGCAAUUAAGAAGCUUAACGGAAAGAUCAUUGAGUGCAAGUAUGAGAAUAACAAAUGGGUGUUCAUGCGAGAACGGACAGACAAGUCCUUCCCCAAUAGUUUCGAGACAGCCGAAGCGGUAUUAAAAAGUAUAAAAUACCCGGUAACGAAAGAGAAAUUGUUAAAGUUCAUUGACAGUAAUUGCGUCUGUGUUGAUUCAUACGAGCCCAAAGCGAAGUACUCUCGGCAUUAACAACAGAGGUAAUUGGAAAAAUGACGGACUUUAUUUGAAUAUUAAAAAAGGCUUUAAUAUACACAAAAGUGUAUAAUCAAUAUAACUCUAGUGUGGGGUCUCAUGUAGAAUUCAAAAGGAUUAUUAUUAUUAUCAUGAAAAUUUAAGCAAAUAUAACAAUGUGAAAUAGUGAACUUUCGAUUUUAUUUGUGUAUUUUAACAUUUUUUUUAAUGGUUGUGCGCAUUCAUUAUUCAAAAGUGGCAACGACUGUUGCCUUAAACAAUAGGCAUGAUGACAGUAUUAAAGAAUUAAAAAAUAAAUGAUUUUUAAGAAGAAACUAUUUUAAAAGGAUUCUAAAAAAUAAUCUCAUUAUAAUAUACAUAUUGAAAUGAAUGAGAUUUUUAAUAAAACAAAAGUAUAAAAUUCUGUAAUCGGCCAUUUUAUUUGAAACACCAAUCGGAUCGAAUGACGUCAUUCAUCAGUAUCUAUAACCCUUUCUCUUGAACAGUUGUUGUGUUCACGUGUUUCAAGAUUAAUUUUGUAUCAUUUUAUUAGUUGAGUCGUUGGUUAUUCGGGGUUUUGUGAAGAAAAUAAAACGUCCAAGAACCGUCAAUGAUGGAACAAGGUUUUAUUAAGGCAAAUUCUUCUAAUUUGCCCAGGAUUGAUUUGUUGAUGUUAGGAGAGUUUCUUUCAUCAAAUAAAGACUUUUGUUCAUAUGAAUUUCGAAAUGUGAAAACUUCCUUGUAAGUUCAUUUUUAUUUAUCUUUAGUAGGUUUGUUCAUUCAGUAGGUGGUUUCAUUGGUUUUUUUUUCGGUUAACUAUAUCACUCGCAGAUGAAGAAAGAGCCCUUAUAUUGUUACCAGUAAGAAUUGUUAAGACAAUAUUUCAUUUAGCUCCACUAGUACUGAAUUUGUGAAUUUACCUAUUUACAAAUACUUAUUUACCUAUUUUCUAUAAAUCUAAAUGUAUCAUAAAUAUAUAAUAAAUCUUUAUGAAUCUCUGCCUCUAUAUAUUUGCGUUAAGCCACUUAUUUCUCACAAUUUUCUUGUUUGGAACAUACACAAACAAUUUGUUAGAUGUUGAUGUUGAUGUAUUUUUAUACGGAAGGACCGCAUGCCACUUGUAAAAUUUGGAAUUCAUUUUUAACCUUAGGAAAUAUGCUAUAUAUACUUUCUGAUUUUUUUCGUUGAGUAUAGACACAAUACAACGUUUACUGUCGUUUACUGAGGAAUGACGUCACGUGCAGGCGCCAUGACACCUGCGGGUGUUUUCGAGCGAAAUUCAAAAUAGGUAAAUGAAAAUGCAAUUAUUUGCGAAAAAAGUUAGUUUAUAACUGAAAUAAAAUGAUUUUCAGUAAUAGUAGAUGUGUACCUACAUUAUAGAAGGUUAUUUCAAAAUCAGUCAUCAUGCUUAUUAUCAUAAAAUAUGUUUGAUUAAUACAAAUAAUAUAAUGAUACAAUAGUAGGUUGGUAGUAUACAAAAUUUAUUAGAUUUUUCAUGAUUUAUACAAAUUACUAUUAGAACAGACAUUACAAACUGAACAUCUUUAUUGUAUUCUGCAUAUAAAAUUUAAAUAAAUUAACACUUAAAAAAUAUUGAAAAUUAUAAUAACAAUUAUAAUUAUUUAUUCAUGUAUCAAACAUACAUGAUCGACAAGAAAAACAUUAAUUUUUAUAUUGACAAAUUUACUUUGUCGAAAUUAUUUUAUAUGGAAUAAUUAAUGCAUGAAUACUGCAACUAUGUAAUUUUGUGUGUCAUCUAAAGCACACUCAGUGCUAUGAUUUUUUUUUUAAAUUCCAAAACAUGUUGAAAGCAAUUUCUCCAGACUCUCUCCAGACUCCAGUUAAUGUUUUAGCUAAUUAAAAAUGUGAUUGCCUCAA